GCCAUUUCUUCUAGUUGACCACACUCACCAUGGUGCGAAACGUAAACAGGCUGUUGGCUAUCGCGGGCUCCACCUCGGCCGCCGUCCUCGACUUGCCCAUCAACAUCGUGGGUAGCUACUCCAGCGUCCAGCUUGACCUUGGAACACCUCCAAAGCUACAUCAGUACCUCUUCGACACAGGAUCCUCAACACUGUGGACAGUGAGCACCAACUGCACCGAAGCAUCCUGCAAAUACGGCAAUGAAGCAAACUACAAGCGCCAGUACUACAAUGCUUCUGCAUCUUCGACAGCCGUCGACCUCGACAGUAGCGCAACGACCCCCUACCUGGGUGGACAAAUCACCGGUGUGGCGUACAAGGAUGUCAUCACCAUUCCAGGCGGCAGUCUAGAAUGGAACCAGACCUUCCUCGCCGUCAACGAGAGCGAUUGGCGCUUCAUCACCGCCGACGGCUUCCUUGGGUUGGGGUUCUCUUCCAUUGCAGAGGACAAAACCUCAACUCUAGUCGAAACACUCAUGUGGGACGGCAAGCUCGACAAGCCGCGUUUCAGCGUGUACUAUGGCAACCAUCUCGACAAGCAAAACAGCGGCGGCCUUCUCACCAUUGGCGGCAGCCACGAGGACAAGUACGUCGACGGCGAGGUCGUCUACACGCCCUUGACCAAGACGGACACGUACGAGCUUUGGGCCUGCCCGCUCCGAAGUGUGAACGUGCUCGUCGCCCAGAACGCAACCAGCCCCAACUCGACGGUUGAAACUCGAGUCGGCAAACUCCCCACGACAGCCCUCGCAACGGGAACCUACCCCGAGGCCAACGUCACUUGGCCAAUGUUUGGCACUGGCCGCGCAGUCUUCGAUACCGGCGCAGGGCGUGUCUCUGUUCCCAAGGAAAUUGCUGGCGCAAUCUACUACAAUCUCGGUUGGGACAUGGACAAGCUCCUGAGUGGCGAGCAACGCUUCACGUGCGAGGCUAUGAAUGCCUCUUGGGCCAUUACCUUCACCUUUGGCGAGGGCGAUCCCGCAGAUGACGUGUCUUUUAGCCUUCGCGGCGAUGAGUUCCUCGACCCAGAAGACCCUUACUGCCAGCCGCCCUUGGACGACAGUACAGAGUAUGGAUUUGCGCUGAUUGGCACGACCUUCUUGCAGAGGUACUUUUCUGUUUUUGACUUUGGCGCAGACAAGGUUGAGAACUACAAGCCUAGGGUGGGCUUCGGAAAGCUCAAGGACGAGUAUGCCUGGAAGUAUGGCAUGAAGAACUAAUGUAAAUACUACGGCUGCCUUGUUCACUACGAAUAGACUAUAUUUCUAAUUGC